AUGACAUUUUACAUUGAGGGUCACGUGAUAGACGCUUCUCAGAAUGUGUAAUGAAUGGUUGAGGAAGAGAGGGAAGGAGUGAUUACAAAGGGUAUAGAAUGGGCGGAAAAGAUUUUUAAUUGAAAGCUAAAUUUUAUAUUAAUGUUUAAACACGGUUCUUUUUAAGUGCAUAAAAAAACGUAAAUGGCUAUGGAGCUUAGGCUUCAUAGCCCAUGCGGUUUUGAACCAGCUGUGUACCAAUGGCCAUUAACAACAUCGGAUAAAUAUGAUAAAGCGACCGAAAUUGUGGAUACCAUUAGAUGGGUGUGUGAGGAUUUUCCAGAGCUCAAGCUGGCUAUGGAAAAUUAUGUGUUACAUGAUUAUGAUACAAAAAGUUAUGAGAGCAUGAAGAAAUUAUGCGACAAAUAUAAUCGAGCAAUUGACAGUAUUCUGCAGCUGUGGAAAGGUACAUCUAGACCUGCUCAACUUCAAACAAAGCCUAGUAAUGGCUUGUUGCGUCACAUUCUUCAACAAUCCUAUAAUCGUGCUGUUACCGAUCCUGAAAAACUGAACCAAUAUGAGCCUUUUUCGCCCGAGGUAUAUGGAGAAACAUCAUUCGACUUUAUAAUUCAGAUGAUAGAAGAGUUGGAUAUAACUGAGGAUGAUAUAUUUAUUGAUUUGGGUAGUGGUGUGGGGCAAGUCGUUUUGCAAAUGGCUGCAAUUACAUCCUGUAAAAAAUGUAUUGGAAUAGAAAAAGCUGAUAUUCCAGCAAAAUAUGCAGAGGAAAUGGAUGAAACCUUCAAGUUUUGGAUGCAUUGGUAUGGGAAGAAAUAUCAAGAUUACACAUUAAUUAAAGGAGAUUUUUUAGCGGAGGAACAUCGAGAAACCUUAUUGAACUCUACCUUGCUUUUCGUGAAUAACUAUGCUUUUGGGCCAAAAUGUGAUCAUAUGCUUAAAAUGAGAUUUGCUGACAUAAGGGAUGAAGCAAGAAUUGUGUCAUCGAAAGCAUUUUGCCCUUUAAACUUCCGCAUAACAGAUAGAAAUCUUAGUGAUAUUGGGACAAUUAUGAAUGUUCGAGAAAUAAUACCGUUGAAAGGAUCUGUUUCUUGGACUGACAAGCCUGUGACCUAUUUUCUUCAUCGAAUAGAUAGAACAAAACUUGAGCAUUAUUUUCAACGAAUGAAAAACCCAAGAAUAAAAUUGGAAAAAAUUUCUGUUGGUGAUGAAGAUUCCUCUUUGGUAAGAGCAAAGCGGUUGAAGACAGGCAUAUCCAAUCCUUGUAUUCUUGAUUCAUCUUCAAAUGAUUCGAAAGAAGAAAACUCAUUAUCUGGUCCUACCACAAGAAAAGCUUGGUCAGAUUGGUGUAGUAACAAAAUAAAAGCUAGCUCUGGUAAUAAUAGUGGACAGGACAGUAAUGAAGAAAAUGAACCAAUUAAAAGAACAUGUACCGCUUCUAAUAAAGGUAUUAAAGCUCGUAAGCUUAGAAGAUCUGAAAGAAAGCGCGGACCUGGAAGACCAAAGAAAAAUGCUGCAAAAUCGAGACGUAAUAAACCUCUUAAAUUUACUGGCUUGGACUUACUUCAUGCUCAAACAAUUCUCAGCACAUCUAAUUCUGCAAAUAGUACUGAUCCUGCUCCAGGAUGUGUGGAUCAGAAACUAAAUGAUACGCCAAGUGUUGUUGAAAAGGAAAUUGAACCUACUCUUCCUAUUGAAAGGCUGCUUGAAAUGCAGAAGAAAUUGAUGAUUGACUUCUUAAACUACAUGAAAUCUCCAGACUAUCGAAACAAUUUAGAGGCACAGAUUUUGAAGGAGAAGGAGCGUAGCAAGAAGCUUGAAACCUACUCAUCUCACCUGCAGAAAGUUAUCAAUGGAUUAAGAAAUGAAGGAGUUUCAUUGCUGAAAGACAGAGUUUCUGUUUUAGGAUAUUCUAUAAACCACUCUAGUGAUCUCUUAUUUAAAGUAAAGGAAAGUAUCCGGCAUUAUAUGAAAUAUAAAUCUGAUGUGAAUAAAAUUACAGCACAAAUUCUAAAUCUGGAAAAUGAAUAUAAGAAUUUGAAAGGUUCUAGUCUUGGAAAGCUUGGUGAAAUUGAGUUUAGAGAAAUUCUGCAUAAAGAAAUACUUUCUUAUCAGAGAAGCAUUAACCGGUCCCAAAAGAAACCUCACAUAUCAGGAAGUAAAAAUUCAUAUAAAGUUGCUUUAAGAGAUAUUUCUCAGAAAUCUGUAAAAGUUAAUAAAUCUGUCCAAAUGGAUAUUAAACUGCAAGUUGUAUCACCAAAAAUGCAAAGAAUUCAAGACAGUAUUACUAUACCAAAUUUUCAGGAUAGAAUCAAGGCUAUCAUUGCAUCUGGCUUGAAGGAUUCAUCAAUGAGUGACUUAAAUAAUGAUUCAGAUAAAAUGAAAGAAAUUACAAAAAGCUCUCUUUCAUCAUCUCUUACUACUUCGAAACACAAAGAGUUAGCUGAAUACACCAAUGAACAUGAGUUUUCAGCUGAAAGCCAUAUUCUGAUAAAGCAAAAGCAUUUAAAUGGGCAAAAGGAAACUGAAAGAGUUGAUUUUCUAAAUAUUUCAAGUAGAGAGCUUAAAGUUAAUGGAAGUCAUUUUAAACAGAUGGAAUUAUCCGAUCCUGAAAUAAGUAGUAGUUUAACUAAUGCUGCAUAUUCACCUAUAAGUCCAAGUAGAACACCUUCCUCUAAUAGUCCGAUUUUUCAUUCACAAGAAGCCUCAUCAAAAUCUGUUUUAGCUGGAUAUCGAAUCCACCAUGAAGCGUCUGGGAGCAAAAAUGUACCAAGUCAGCAUGUUCAACAAUAUUAUAGAAAAUCUACAUCAGAAACUAAUUCAAUUGUCUCUGAGCGACCUACAGUCGAUAAUCAAGCAAAAUCUAAAGAUACUCAUGCCAAAGAAAGCUCAUCAAAAUCCAUUAAACAUCUAUCAUUUCAACAGCACAUGGAUAGAAAGUUAAAGAACUCCUUUGAAGAACUUAAAGCUAAAAAUGGAUAUUCAUUAAAUAUGAAACAUCCUUCUCAUCCAUAUUUGUCUUAUCACAGAGAUGAUCCAUGCAAUCGUAAAUUAAAAUCUAAGUACAAGACCCAUCCUGAUUUGCAUAAAGAUAGAAGGGAAAGACCGCACAUAUCCGUUUCUCAAUUAUCACCAGAUAGAAAAAGUAGUAAAAAAGAUAGUAGUGUUUAUCCAAGACCGAUGAAAAGUAGUUCUUCAAAGUCAGAGUCUAAGCGUAGUCAUUCAAAACACUCUUCCUCAUCCACUAAAUGUAAUGGUCUUACUAAAGAACGUAAUAGUUCAAGCUCUCAGUCACACAAUCAAAAAUGGCAAGCCAAAGUAAGUAGUGGAUUUGAUAAAUUGCUUGCUCUUGCUGCUACACAGUUGAAUCAUGCCAGUCGAGAGUACAAAUGCAGUCAAGAAAAGAAAAUCAUGAAAAAAGAUCCUAAGACCUGUCAAUUUUCUCCUUACUUAAAACCCGAUAGCUUUAUUCAUGCAGAUCAAUGUAAACCAAGUAAAGAUGCUAAUGGAUCUCAAAAGAAUACUUUUUCUGAAUCAUCAAGAUCAGGUAUGUCUCAAUCAGAAUCACAUAAAAUGGCUAAUUCUAAGUUAAAUAAUAUAAAUAGAUCUAGAAAAGGUCCUCGCACACCUCCAGAUACUCCUCCUCGUACACCAUCUGUAUCUCCUGACAGAAGAGUCGAUUCGCCCUAUUUUCAAUCACAUAGUCCCAUAAGUAGUGUGGAAAGUAUAAGCAGCAAUCGUAGUUCGUUAAGUCCACCCUAUAUUAGUCCAGCUAGAGGAAGUAGUAAGGAUCGAUCAAGAUCUACUAGUCCAUAUAGCAGUAGAGCCUCUAGUUCAGAAAGACACAGUGAAAAAUGUUCAUCAAGGAGCUCAAAGGGUGCAUCGCGUGAAAAUGACCACCAUGAAAAGCAAUCAAAGCGCAGGUGGCAGUAUAAAAGUCGAUCUGAAUUCCAUAAUCGUUCUUGGGCCAAAGAACAAGAAUCUGUUCGCUCCAAAGCAAUGCAAAGUCAUAGCAAAUCUAGUACUUCAAAGAAUGGUACAGAAAAGUCAAGUGUCUCGAGUUCUGGGAAAACAAGGGAUGUAAUGCAUCAAUUGAUGUCUCAACAAACAAAAGAUGUUUUAGCUCAUGCGCCCAAUGGUUAUUCAGUUGUUGUGACUCCAUCUCCUCUGCAUACGAUUUAUGUUCCAACUGCAGGGAUGUGCAAUCAACCCCCCAUACCACCCCAGCCUCAAAAAUCAGCAAAUGCUAAUUAUUCAGUCACAAACCCUUGUGGAUCUAUAUCUGCUAAUCCCAUUUUAAAUUUUACUAUUCCUCCACCAAAUUUUAGCAUGCCACCACCACAUGCAACCUCUAGUUCAGUAAAUGUGCCCCAAAUGUUAUCUUCGCAACAACAAGUGCAGCCUAUUCAGCUACCUGAUGUCACUGUUCCUCCCCCAAACAUGGUUUCAGUUGCAUCAUUUUUGCCAUCAUCAAACAUUCAGUCAUGUCCACCUCAGUUAGAACCUGCUGUAUCUAAUAACCGAUUGUACCGUCAAACAUCACAAUCACACCCACCCCCUCUUCCACCAACAGUUGCGCCAUCAUCCACAUUUAAUUCUAUGGUGCAAAACCAGAUCUAUCGAACCAAUCAGAAGUCCAUAAGUAGUGGAGGCCCUUCACAUCAAUUGGACUAUAGAGUACCUCAACAUUGUGCUCUUCCUGGCAGUGGGAGUAGCAGUUUCUAUCCAGCUCAAGCCCACUUCAUGGCUUAGAUGAUACCUCACUCUAAAAAGAAUAUAAUAUAUAAAUGAAAGGCUGAAAAGAGCAAAGUUACCAUUCUACUGGCUGGCCGGUGAAUGUUUAUGAUGUUUGUGCUAACCAAGACCAACACUGCCAUAAAUUUUGCAAACUGCAACCUUUAAAGUACAAAUUAUUCUCAUGCUCGUAUGAAGGAGCUUUCAUUUUGUAAUUUCAUGUCAUGUACUAUUGUUUUGCAGUACUAGAUUAGGUUGAGUAGAAAUAAGGUUUAGUUAAGCUCACAAACAUCUUUUUAUCCUGAAACCAUAUUGACUUUUCAACUAUAUUUGUUUUACCUAUUAAUAAUGUAGUCAAUGCAUUCAGUUUUCACUGAAAGUGUUGCCAGUUUCCUAAACUGGAUUUGUGUAAUGCAUUCAAAUGAACUAAUUUAAACAAACUGAGCCAUUUUUAAUGUACCAAAUCAUUCAUAAAAUGAAGAAUUUAGUAACAGUAUGAACACUGCCAUAUAUUUAUUUAUUUAUUCCUUUUACUUAUGCUACAAAAUUUAAAAACUAUUGUUUUUUAAUAGUCAUAAUCACCAUGAGUUACAGUAUUUGUACUAGAUUUUUUUUAAAGUCUUUUGUUGACUGCAUUAACUUUCUUUCAUUUCUAGUCGUUUGAAUCAUAGUUACAAUUAUGAGUGAUGUAAUGAAAAGAUAUUAGUAUACAUUUUUGAUAAGCUUAAACUAAUUAUUUUUUUCUUCUUUUGCUCAACAAUAUUCUUAAAAUUCACUUGAACGUGCUAAGCCUAACUACUUAAACUCUUGUUAAUUUAAGUAUCUGAACAUCACUAGUUUUGAUUUAUAUAAUUGUGUGGUAAGUUUACAACUAAGUUUUUUUUUAUAACUGCAAUUUUAAGAUAUGUUUGUUUUGACUACUUUAGAAAUAAGUUUCUAAUUUCUAUUCUAAAAUUCUGCAGAUUCCAUCGAGUUUUCCUAUCUCCCUUAUUCAAAAAAAUAUAUAUAUAUAUAUAUCACCAUACUGUUUAUGCCCAGACUGUAUUAUAUUUUAUAUUUAAUUCUGUUUAUUUCUCAGGGGUUUUCUGAAAAAAUAUAUUGUCAAUAAAUAUUGCUAAUAAAAAUACAUUCUCAAAUUAAAUUAAGUUUCUCAAAAUUUGAGUCUUACGCCAAAUAAUCCAAUGUUCUCCUUGGCAGUUUGAUUUUAUAUGUACGAAGAUGCUUCAUAUGCAUAAUCUUACAAUUUCAUAUAAUGAGUAAUUGUAAUUUUUAAUGUGACCAAAUUUGAGUGUUGGUGCAACCAUAUCAUUUUUUAGUUCAUACAUCUUUACUACUUGUCUUGAUUUUAUGAGGAUUUUGUUUUCCCAAAACUACCUGUGAUUAAAUACAUUCAGAUAUGUAUGUUCAUUUUUACUAGUUCAUUGCAGAUUGCUAGCCUAAAACAGUUUGUUUCAAAAUGAAUUCUUGAGUGUAUGUGUAUUUUUAAUUAUGCAAUGUGCAUCUGUGCAGGUUUCUAUGUGAUAUUUAUCUAAAGUCACAUUCAGUUUUUAUGGAAUGUGGAAAUAAUUGUGUUCAAAAAUUGCCAGAAUUCAUAGUAAUGAUUCAGUGAGAUUUGAUAUUAUUCUCACAUCUUUCUUAUAAAGUUCAGUAUCCUUAAAACAUUUUAUUCAAAAAUGUUUUUCAAAUUGGUUAUUACAGUGUCGGACCUUUUAUUCGGCUUUUUGAUAUCGAGAAAAAAAAUCUGGCAUUGCUGCAAACUCUACUAACACUUUGGGAGGAGGGAGUAAUUUCCUUAAAGCAAAUGUUGGUUCAAUGAUAAGUAAAAUUAG